UUAAUCCGUGAGAAGUACUAUCCCACAUACUACCGAGCAGAGAUGGAGCGUCAGUUUCUAUUGCUCCAGCAGGGUACUCGUACUGUCGACGAGUACGAGAGGGAGUUCACGAGACUUGCAGCUUUUGUUCCUGAUUUGGUCCGCACAGAGGCCCAGCGAGCGCAGCGUUUCAUCGACGGACUUUGCCCAGCAGUCCGUCAUAACAUCGUAGGCCACGGGACACAGACAUAUGCACGUGCAGUCUCCAUUGCUCAGGAGGUGGAUGCUAGCAUUAGGAGGGAGGCCGUUCGUGCUCAGUCGUCUUCAGUUCCACCGAUGUCAGCUUUACCAUCUACCCAGCCGCCCAAGAACUACAAGAGGAAAGAUAAGGGUGCCCAGACAGAUAAGAGGGCUCGACGGAGGCUACAGCAGGUUCCACAGUGCCCGACAUGUGGACGACAUCACCGAGGCGAGUGUCUCUUUGGUCAGGAUGUGUGCUACUACUGUCACAAGGCCGGACACUUUGCACAGAGGCAGCCCCAGCAGCAGCAGCAGAGGGGUAGACAGCAGGCCAGAGUUUAUGCCAUCGAUCAGGCAGAGGCCGAGAAGCAGCCAGGUACCAUGUCCGGAAUGGUUAUUCUUAAUAAUGUUCCUGUGUUUGCUUUGUUUGAUACCGGAGCGACGCAUACUUUCAUUUCACGACGAUGUCUUGAUGCCAUCGGAGUUCGCGCUACUACUGCUAUCGAUCCUCUCGAGGUGAGUUUGGCCUCGAGACGAAAGAUAGUGACUUCAGCUAAAGCCUCAGAUCUUAGCCUUUCCAUCGGUGGCCGAGUUUUGCCUACCGACGCGUUUGUUCUCGAGAUGAAGGACUUCGACCUUAUUCUCGGAAUGGAUUGGCUAUCCUUUUAUCAUGCAGAUAUCAAAU